AUGGGCAAUGCACAAUCCGGAUACCCGCUUCUGAGAAACGUUGGGGCGCUGGAUUCUUUCGUGUCCGAGAUAGGCUCGGAUAUUGUAUAUGAGAAAAGUCUGGGCACAUCGCGAUUCCUCAAGACUGUGCGCUGCCGUCAUCGUAACGGAUAUCUCAUUGUCAAGAUAUAUAUCAAGCCGGACCCAGGAGUAUCCCUGCGGAAGGUGCAAAGACGCUUGAAGGUCGAGCGAGAGGCGCUUCUCGAUAUACCGAACGUCUACAGCUACCAGACAUUCGUGGAGACCGAGAGAGCUGGAUACCUCAUUCGGCAAUGGAUUGCGAGUAGCUUGUACGACCGUAUUAGCACGCGCCCAUUUUUGAGUUCCAUCGAGAGGAAGUGGAUCGCCUUCCAAAUCCUCACGGCACUACGAGAUGCGCGGGCUCACAAAGUUGCCCAUGGAGACGUGAAAUCUGAGAACAUACUCGUCACAUCCUGGAACUGGGUUUACCUGUCCGACUUUGCGCCACACAAGCCGACAUACCUCCCACUCGAUGAUCCCAGUGAUUUCUCCUUCUAUUUCGACACAUCCGGUAGGCGCACGUGCUAUAUUGCGCCUGAGCGCUUCUACGAUGCAUCCAGUCCGCCUCAAGACGGAAAGGCAGAAAAGGACGAGGAUUGGAGAGAGGACGGGAAGCGCGAGGCUCGCGUUACAGAGGCUAUGGAUGUUUUCAGUGCCGGAUGCGUGAUGGCAGAGCUUUUCAGGGAGGGGACGCCGUUAUUCACACUCAGCCAACUAUUCAAGUACCGUGAGGGCGAGCUUGCAGUAGAAGGUCUUCUGACUUCGAUAGACGAUACCGGAGUUCAAGAUCUCAUUAAAGAUAUGAUUGCACUGGAUCCCAAUGCAAGACCGACGUUCGAAGCACUCUUGCACCAUGCUCGCGGCACCGUCUUUCCAGAGGUCUUCUACUCAUUCCUACACGGCUAUGUGGCGACUAUCAAUGAGCUACCAGCCCGUUCGCCCUUCACGCCACCGCCACCAACUUCUAUUACCCCCACGCUGUCCAAUAUAUCAUCUACACCUGCUACACCUGCUACUCCGAUCAAACCCUCGACAUCGUUGCCACAGCAACAACAAGAUCUCCACACGAACGCAGCACUCCCUAGUGACGCGGAUGCGCGGAUGGAAAGGAUAUGGGCCGACCAUGAGAGCGUUGAAGCGUACCUUGUUGAGGCGGCCGGCGAAGAUACUGUCAUGGACGUUCGCGUGGAGUAUGCGCCGGCCGAGACGCUGUCAAGACCCCUCGAGGACAUCUUCCCCGUAGAGUUGAACAUCCCGAAUCGUGACUCGAAACUUCUGAGGCCGGUAUCUUCUCGCAGGCGCGCAGCGACUGAAGACGGUCCUGCUCUCAUCAUUCUUGCCCUCGUAUGUUCAAACGUACGGAAUUGCAUCCAACCGUCCAGCAAACUUCGCGCACUCGAUACGUUCCUGGCUCUCGCGGUGCAUUUGACUGACGAGGCGAAGCUGGAUCGCAUGAUCCCGUACAUCGUCGAACUCCUUCGCGACGAAGCUGCAUCAGUACGAGCAGCUGCCUUGCGAACACUCAUCCAAGUCCUCAUGCUCGUGACUGUAAUCACCCCUUCGAAUGCAUCUAUCUUUCCGGAGUACAUCUUCCCGAAUAUACAGGGGCUUGUACAAGACCCUGAAGUCUCUGUUCGGGCCAUCUAUGCUCAAUGUGUAGUGCCGCUGGCUACGACGGCGGUGCGCUAUCUGGAGAUGGGACAAGCACUGAAGGCGCACGGAACUUUCAAGCUUUCGGAAGACACUGUAGAAUACGAUGAAGCACAACUACUGGAGGUGUCCUACGACGCUGCGUUGCAAGAUCUUCAAGCCACGAUACAGGAACAUCUGACGGCCCUUCUCGUGGACUCAUCCAGCGUUGUUCGGCGUGCCGUCUUACACGACAUCUCGGCGCUCUGUAUCUUCCUGGGACGCCAACCCACGAACGAUGUCUUACUUAGCCACAUGAUAACUUAUCUGAACGAUCGAGACUGGAUGCUGCGUUACGCCUUCUUCGACGCCAUCGUCGACGUCGCCGCUUGCGCCGGAGGGCGUAGCCUGGAGGAGUACAUUCUGCCGCUUAUGAUCCAGGCCUUGUCUGACGUAGAAGAAACUGUUGUCGCGCGCGUGCUCGCCGCAUUGACGAGUCUAUGCGAGCUAGGCCUGUUCCAGAAGAUGAGAAUAUGGGAACUCAUGAGCGCCACAUUGGGAUUCCUAUACCACCCCAAUGUCUGGAUCCGACAAGGCGCCGCCGCAUUCAUUUCUGCGUCAGCGAAGCACCUGCCUACAAGCGAUGUAUGGUGCAUCCUUUACCCAUCGCUCCGUCAUUUCCUUCGGUCGGAUAUCAGACAAAUCGACGAGAUGAGCCUCCUGACAGCCAUGAAGCCGCCCAUCAGUAGACAGGUGUUUGACGCCGCGGUCCAAUGGGCUAUGAAGGCAGAACGCACCCAGUUUUGGCGUAGUCACCGACGAGCGAACUCAAAGCUCGAGUCGCCACAAAGCAGUGUCGCAACGCUAAAGAAAGCUACAACGUCCGGAGCCACACGAGGCAAGUCCGAGGAAGAUGAAGCCCAGCUUGCGCGCCUGAGGCAACUGGGUAUGACCAGCUCGGACGAGAGCAAGUUGAUGGCCAUGCGAGACUACAUUCUCAAACUCGCUACUGCUACGUCGAGCUUCUCGAUGCGUCUUCGUGUAGAGGAUGAGGCGGAAGUCAUCAAGACGACGGCAGAUGUUGAGCUGCAGAAGCUCAGGGUCGUUCCGCAAACUGUAUUCCUCAAGACGCGCUCGUCUGCCCCGGAGACGCCCAGCCGAACACCUUCCCGCGCGUUCUCUCGUCGGUCAACUGCGGAUGGUAUACGACCUCUAACUCUCGCUGAGACACCGCGCGGCUCCCGUGCACCGAGCGUUGAUUACGGCUCGAGUGGUGCGCCAUUCGAGGAUCUACGGCGCAGACUGUCAGCAUUCAAUGGCUCCGGGACCUCGUUACCGCUCUCACCCGUUCCACGGCCUCCAUCUGUUGUAUCUGCUCAGUUCUCCCCACGCCCACCCAGUGCGACCAGCACCGCAGACCUACCGCCAGCCUUCGACUCGCAACCGGCGCGUCCGCCGAGCCCACCCGAGUCGGUGCUUUCGGCUACCAACUCAACGGCUCAGCACCGCCAGCUUCAGCGCUUGCAAGUUGGCAGCACGGAUACGAAGGCUGCACCUGCUAUUGGCUCGAGCAGGGCCAAUGCGACGGGAUUGCUUGAAGCCACUGCUCGCAUAAGAUCAGAUGGUAGUCCGGAGAGGUCGGGAAGAACAUCGCCGGUUUCUGCUACGGGCACGGUACGCGGCCAACGUAGGCCGUCGAUAGUCCCUAUCUCAACCUACGAUGGACAAGAGCCCGGGGUCAACAACUUGCUCGAGCACAUGUACCUCGACAGUAAUCGCGAGUACCAGAACGACUUUGGCCCCCGCGUUCACGAAGGGCCCAUCCGCCGGCGCAACGCCGUCCGGCAUUCCUUCGCCUCGCGGGACGGCAGCUCACGGCGCCCGGAGGCCUCGCUGAUCGCACACCUCAAUGCGCAUUCCGACGCCAUCAACGGCAUAGCCGUAUCUCCCGACCACGUCUUCUACGUGACAGCCUCGGACGACAAGACGGUCAAAGUCUGGGAUACUGCGAGAUUGGAGCGCAACGUCACGAGCAAACCUCGGCACACGUACACGCAACAUCAUGCGAGGGUCAAAGCCGUGUGCAUGCUCGAGGCGUUGCAUUGCUUUGCCAGCGCGGGCGAAGACGGGAGCGUACAUGUCGUGCGGGUGCAUGUCACGGCCAAUAGCACGUUGCCGAAGUACAGCAAGCUUAGCACGGUGCGCGAGUACCGACUGGAACGCGCAGGUGAACACGUCACUUGUAUGGCUCAUUUUGCGACGGAUACCGGAUCAAAUCUGGUGUAUACGACUACGCACGGCGCGUUGGGUAUACUCGAUCUACGUACGAUGCGCGUGAUGCAAGCGCUGGAGCAGCCGGUACACAACGGACCUAUCAGCGCCCUAUGCCUAGAUCGCAAACGAGCAUGGGCGCUGACGGGUACAGCGGCGGGCGUGUUGACGCUUUGGGAUAUCCGCUUCGGGUUGAGGCUGAAGAGCUGGAAGACCGCUGCUGCUGCGAGUGGUGCGAAUGCGAAGGUGUAUCAGUGCGCUGCGCAUCCUACGCGAGGGAAGGGAAGAUGGGUGAUCGUCGCUGUGGAGGUUGUGCGGUCUGGGAAUGGGAUUGUGGAGGAAGGCGUGCCGAGUAGACUGGUGGAAGUUUGGGAUAUCGAAAACUCAACGCUGGUGGAGACGUAUGAGACACGAACCGCGCCGCUAGCUGGAUCUGCUGAGGUGCCUCACGAGCCGACUGUAACGCAAGACGCGGAGCCGAGUGCUGCCGCAGCCAUUGCCGCGCUUGUGCGAGCACGACAGCAGGGCACGUCGAGCAUCGCUAGAAGAGCGUCCGCCCCUUUCGAGCCCGGUUCGGCGGGACCCAGUCCUUCGCCUGACGUACGCGCUCUACUUGUUGGAGGAGAGUUCGGUGGGCAUGGGGUCAACAAAGGUGCACUGGGCUCGGAGGGAGCGAGAGGCUUCAUGAUCACGGGCUCGGAAGAUAGGCGCCUCAGGCUGUGGGAUCUGGGAAGGAUCGACCGCACGUCUGUACUCAGUGGCGCAGACAGCAUCGACAAACCAUCGUACUCGACCGAACCCGUCGGCGAUAGUGGGUCGACUGUCUUCGUUGAAACAUGGGCGCCUGCAGCACAGACAAGCAGCCAGCAGAACCGUCCACCACAGCGAAUGGCGCUGCUCAACGGCAACCAGCAGAAUCUGUUGCGGCCUCAUCAAGACACUAUUACUGCCGUCGCGUGCAUUGACUCGCCAUUUAAAGGAGGUAUAAUUAGCGGAGAUCGGUCCGGUGUGGUCAAGGUCUGGCGUGUGGAGGCCGGUUCUGAUAAUAGCUAG